GGAUUAUGUAAUGGCAUCUUUCCUGGAUAAUAAGCACUCCAUCACUAACUAAACAACCACCUAAUUAUGACGGUGGCGAUAUGGUUGUCGGUGGCGUUAGGUCUUCUGCCACUCUUGUGGUGGUGGAAUGAUAUAUGGUAUCGGCUUACGGCAAGUUUCCGGUCAUCCUAUGCCGUCGCCAAACUUCCUCCUGGCCACAUGGGCCUUCCGAUCAUCGGCGAAAUGUUCACAUUUCUAUGGUACUUCAAAUUCCUCCGCCGUCCCGACGAUUACAUCAACUCCAAACGUAACAAGCAUGGCGAUGGAAUAGGAAUGUAUAGGACACACCUGUUUGGUUAUCCGUCGGUAAUCGUUUAUUCGCCGGCGGCCAAUAAAUUUGUAUUCCGGCAUGAAGAAAGCUUCAUACUGGAAUGGCCAAAUGUGGAGCUUAUCGGCAAGAAUUCACUAUCUGCUGUUCAUGGAAAAGCACAUACUAGGAUCAGAAGCUUGGUUUCUAGAAGUCUUAACCAGCCAGAUGCUCUUCGCCGGAUUACUAUCUUCGUGCAACCACGAAUCAUCUCAGCCCUUAAAUCUUGGGCUGAACGUCGGACGAUUAAUUCCUACAAAGAAAUCAAGAAGGUUACACUCGAAAACAUGGGUAUGUAUUUUGCUAGCUUCGAGCCAGGUCCGACCAUCGAUAAACUUGAUGAAUACUUCCACCGAUUGCUCGCCGGAGUUAGAUCUUACCGGUUGAAUAUACCGGGAUUUGCUUAUCAUCAUGCCCUUCAGUGUCGGAAAAAAGCAGUUGCGAUUUUCAAGAAAGAGUUGGAGAAAAGGAACAAUGAUGAGGAUCGAAGUACUCGACCCAUAAACGAUCUAAUGGACGGCUUGAUGAAGUUGAAGGACGAAGAAGGGGGGCAAUUAAGCGAUAACGAGAUUCUUGACAACAUCGUUAACAUUCUCGCAGCUGGCUAUGAAACGACCACGCUCUCCACCAUGUGGGUUAUCUACUUCCUUGCGAAAUAUCCGAAGGUUCUACAAAAGCUUCGGGACGAAAACGUGUCUCUGAAAAAGAGCAAGAACGAAGAAUUUGUUACAAGCGACGAGAUGUUAAAGAUGAAAUACACCAUGAAGGUUGUCGAUGAAACGAUCAGAUUGGCGAAUGUUGCAGCCAUUGUCUUCCGCACAACAACGAAAGACGUUCAAUACGAAGGAUAUAUUAUACCGAAAGGAUGGAAAGUAAUGCUAUGGAUUAGGUAUCUUCAUACGAAUCCAGACAACUUUGACGAUCCACUGAGUUUUAACCCUGACAGAUGGGAUGCACCGAUAUCGGCGUCUGAAACGUACCGAGUGUUUGGUGGUGGAUCAAGAACGUGUGUAGGAAAUAUGCUGGCUCGUGUUCAACUUGCUGUUUUUCUCCAUCAUUUGUCGACGGAAUACAAGUGGGAAUUGGUGAAUCCAGAUGCAAAAAUCAAGUAUCUCUCGCAUCCCAAACCAGAAGAUGGUGUCGAGAUCGUCAUUCAAGAACUAUGAAUUGUAAUUUGGUUCUUUUUCUAAAUGAAGAUGCUACAAUUUGAUUUUUAA